AGGCACGUCACGAAGCCUUGGGACCAGUCAUCUUCGUAUCCUACUGUGUUCCCCUGCCAUGUUCCCGCCAGUUUCCUGUCUUUGCUCCACCGACUAACUGGAAGAACUCAGAUCACUUUGGCAGCGCUAUCUAUUAAGUGCUUAGCUAUAUAUUCUACAUGUAUAUGAGUGGCUUACAGUGAUACGUGUAUGUAAGGAAGGCUUCAUAACAGUCUUAGGGUCAAUGCCCACGGUUGGCAAACAGCCAGAACAUGACAUCGGCAGGUAAAAAGCUUUCAGAUCGAUUCCUUAUAGGCGAGGAGUUGGGACGCGGCGCCUAUGGGCAAGUAUACAAAGGCAUCGACUACACGAAUGGCGAUACAGUGGCCAUCAAGCAGAUAUCCUUGGCGGGCAUCCCGUCUGAUAACCUUCAGAGUGUUAUGGGCGAGAUUGACCUUUUGAAGACCCUCAACCACAAGAAUAUCGUCAAGUAUAUAGGGUCCUUCAAGACCCGCUCCCACCUUUACAUUAUCCUCGAGUUUAUGGAAAAUGGCUCUCUCGCGAGCAUCAUCAAGCCAACAAAGUUUGGGACAUUCCCGGAGAGCCUGGUAGCGCUGUACAUCGCCCAGGUCUUGCAAGGCCUCCAGUACCUGCACGAGCAGGGUGUUGUACACCGUGACAUCAAAGGUGCCAACAUCCUUACCACCAAGGAUGGCCUCGUCAAACUGGCUGACUUCGGUGUCGCAGCCAAGCUUGGGGAGGUGGAGGAGCGGCGGGACGUGGUGGGAACACCCUACUGGAUGGCUCCUGAGGUGAUCGAGAUGACGCAGGUGACCAGCAGCAGCGACAUCUGGUCGGUGGGCUGCCUCAUCGUGGAGCUGCUCACCGGCUACCCGCCCUACUUUGACCUCAACGCCUGCUCAGCCAUGUUCCGCAUUGUCCAGGACGCCAUGCCGCCGCUGCCGGAGGACAUCAGCCCCCUGCUGAGGGACUUCCUGUCGCGCUGCUUCCUAAAGGACGCCAAGCUGCGCCCGGACGCGCGGACGCUGCUGCAGCACGAGUGGCUGCAGCACAACCGCCGUACACUGCGCAUGAGCUGGCGCCGCGACCAGGGCCUCGCCAUCCGCACCCUCGUUAAAACACGCGCCGCCAAGCAGUCCGCAGACGCGCAUGAAACCAUUAACAGCGUGCUAGCGCGCAUGGCAGCUGUGGAUAACGAGGAGGACAGCACGGGCCGCACCGCAGCGGAUUCCUCGGCGCAUGCAGCAAUGGCGGAAGGGCCGCUGGGUUCGGGUGCUAGGCCGGCGCCUGGCGAUGGCUUCAGGGAGGGCGCGGGAGGCGCUGCUGGUGGCAGUGCCGGUGCGGAGCAGGUGGUGAGCGGCGAGGAUGUGAGGGUUGCGUUGAUACCCGAGGGUACGGCACAGUCCUCAGCCCCGCAGUACAGCUCAUCGUCGCACCCCGCUGCUGGCGGCGGGGUGGUGGGAUCCACGUUGCCGUACAUGCCGGUCGCCGGCGCCUCCCAACAGCAGCAGUCGCAACAGCAACAACAGCAGCAGCAGCAGCCUAUGCUGUUGGGGCAGCAGAGCUUGCAAGCGAGCAACGUGAUGCCGGCUGGGGUGCUCGCGCCGCAGACCUCUGGGGCGGCUGAUGGCAUGCCCCCCUUAUCCAUGACCACCUCGCCUGUCGCCUUGGCCCAAAUGGCCAUGUCGGGGGUAGAUCCAGGGCAGCAGCAAGCGUUGUUAGCAGCGGCAGGGCAGCCGCCCUCUGGGCUCAGCAACCUCAUACAGCGGCUUCAAAGAGACGACGCCUUGUUGUAUCAACAACAGCAGCAGCAGCCAGCGUUGAUAUCGGAUGGUGGGUCAGCUGGGUUUGGCGGCCGACCCACGGUUCGUAACCUUGCAGCAUGGACGGAGGGUGGCGGCCAGUCGUACGAUGCGCUGCGGAUACCCUCGCGGCACUUGGCCGGCGCGCAUGGCUACGGGUACCUGCCUGGGGAAGGAGGCCUCUUCUUCGACGGCGCCAUGUACGGCGUCCUGGAGGCUGAGUCCAUGGGUAGCACCUUCACCACGCAGGCUACUGAGCUGCGCAGGACGGUUCGUGAUUUGGUCCGCAACCUGCGUCCCGGCACACGCCAGGACGCGGCCGCCACCAGUUCAGCUCGCGCCGCCAGCACUCUGGAGCAAAUGAUAGCUCCUCCCACCACCUCAACAACAGCAGCGCAGCAGCAGCAACCACAAUCACAACGACAACCCGGUGCAGGGGGUACCGCGGCAGGGGAGCAGGCGCCCGCCGAAGGUUCGGGAGCUGCAGCCCCGCCGCAGUACGCGCCGGCUGAGGUCAAGUCGUUGUUCCUGAGCGAGGGCGGCGUGCUGGUGCUGAUGGAGCUGCUGGACACGGACAGCCAGAAAGCCGUGGAGGCGGCUCUCGACCUGCUCUCCGCACUCGUCCGCGACGACGUCCGGCUGCUUGAGAGCCUGUGUCUGGUGGGUGUGGUGCCCGCCGUGGCCCGCUUCACGCAGCAGCCCUGGCCCGCGGGUCUGCGGCUCAAGGCGGCGGCGUUCGUACACUCGCUGUGCUUCCAGCGCGACUCCACGCUGCAGCUCUUCAUCGCCGCGGGCGGCCUGAAGCAGCUGUGCUCCAUGGUGGCCGACAGCGUGGCUUCGGAGCCCUCGCCGCUCAGCCAUGUGGCCAUACAGUGCCUGCUGCAGGUGCUGCAGUGCUACGCCACCCUGCCGCUCAACUACAUCUGUCGCAUCCUGGCGCACUGCGGCCUGGUGCCCCGACUGUACAAGCUGCUCAAGGAGGUCAUCGUCGCACGCAGACGCAUGGCGCCGCAGCACCAGGCAGCCGCACAGGCAGCCGCCGCUGCAGCCACCAAGGCGCCGGCUCCUGCUGCUGCGGGGGGCGCUGGGAACGGCGCCGCUGCAGGAGGGGGUUCAGGUGCGCUUCACGGUAGGUCGGUCUCCAGCGCUGCAGUGUUGUCUGGGAACGGCUCCCCGCCGCAAGCGAACGGGGUACAUGACGGAGCAGCAGCAGCAGCAGGAGGAGGGGGCGGUGCGGCGACGCAGGCGGCGGAGGCGGCGGGCGGAGGCAGCAGCAGCCGGCCGCACCGGGCGAUGUCGCUGCCGGCGGGCGGUGCGGCAACAGGGGGGGCAGUGACGGCUGGGAGCAUUCCUGGCGCAACGUUGACGUAUGACCAGGUGACCUACCUGCUGGACAAGUCUGUGUACCUGCUGGUGGUGCUGAGCAAUGCGGACGGCGCCGUGAAGGCCGCCAUGUGCAGCCACGAAAACCUGCUGCAGCACCUGGACUGCCUGGUGCGACUGCAGCCGCCGCAUCUGGUGGAGCUGCUGCGCUGCCUGCGCAACCUCACCAGCGACCCCUCCGUGCUGCCUGCCAUCAAAGACUCGGGAGCCAUUGCCUGCCUGGUGCCCAUGCUGGGGGCACCCGCAACGGGAGUUGCCGCCGCGUCAUCCACCGUGGCCGCCGUCUUCAACCCCGGUGGCGCCGCCGGGGGUGCUGCGGGGGGCGGUGCUGCUGGUGCUGCCUCGGCCGCUGCGGGCCCCAACCCGCUUAAUACGGCGGUUGUGCUGCCCAAGAGCGAGGUGCAGAUGGAGGCCCUGAAUGCGUUGUACAAUCUGUGCAUGUUCAAUAAGAAGGUCCACCUAGAGGCCGCUGCAUCUGCUGGCAUCAUCCCCCACCUCUGCUCCUUCGCCGCACAAGCCUGCGCAGCUGUAGCCGCCACUCGCUCCCAGCGCCAAGCCUCGUCGGGCUCCGCCCAGGCCCCUUCCACCGCCGCCUCGUCCACGCCUGCUCAGCCUGCCGCGGCAGUUGACGUCUCGGGAAUGACCCCUGGGUCACCAGCCGCCAUCCAGGCCGCAGCGGCGCAGUGGCCCACGGUUCGCGGCUUCGUGGUGCCGCUGCUGCUGGGCAUGGUGGUGUGCAGCAGCGCCACUCGCAACAAGCUGUACGGCAACCACGGCCUGGACAUCUUCCUGCACCUGCUGUCGGAUGAGGACAGUCGCAGCGUGCUGGGUGUGCUUCAGGCGGUUGACAGCUGGCUGGCUGAGGACCACAGCCGGGUGGAGGUGCGCAUCACGCAGCGCGACGCGGUGGCGCACCUGGUGCAGCUGUACGCCAGGAGCUGUGCGGCGCAGGACAUGCAGUCCAAGCUGGAGGCGCUGCGCACCAUGCUGGGCCGCUCCUCCAAGCUGGCGGUGGCGCUGGCCAUGGGCGGGCUGGUGCCCUGGCUGCUGGCCAUGAUUCAGCACGCGGCGCCCAUCAACCGAGUCAAGAUCCUGGACAUCGUGCGGAUUCUGUACGAGCACUACCCUCGUCCCAAGGAGUUCAUUCUGAUGUACAAGAUCCAAGAUGUGCUGGCCAUGCUGGUGCGCACGCAUGGUCGCGACGCGGACGCUGUCAUCCAGCAGGCGCAGCGCCUGCUCUCGGCAUUUGACAUCAACGUGCUGUUAUGAGGAAGCCAGGCAGCGGAGGGGGAGCACGGGGUUCUAGGGAAGGGAAGGAGGGGAAGGAGGCUGGCAGGCUGCUGCUGCUUGGGAAGUCUGGGCAUGGCUUUUGGAGGGAGGCCAGUGCUUAGUGAGGUCGUGAGCCCUAACAUCCUUGGAUGGGUAUUCAGGUGUUGAAGGGCUUAAGCUGAGGGCUGUGUGUAGCGUGUGAAUGUGAGGGGAGCGAGGAAAGGCUCAUGGCGAGGUGUGAGGAUGGGAUGGCAGACAGCGGCGCUUGCAGAAGGACGGCACUGUAGAACGGCUGUAUGGCAGAUACUCGUGUUCUGGGAAGAGGGAGAUCUCGGUGAUGGUUACUUGCUGAGAGCUGGGGCAGUUUCGUGGUGUCGCGGCUCGUUUGAAGGCUCCCGCUGCUCGCUUUGUGCUUCCCAUCCUGGGGUACUAUCGUACUGGUUCAGCAAUGCCGGUGACGUGAUUCGUUCAAGGGCCAAGCCGUUCAAGCGCAGUAGCAAACUUGGGAUGCAGGGCUUGAACCCCCUGAAGUGUGAAGCGUGGAAGCCUGAGUAGCCCGUACAGCAUAAAGUACAAUGGAUCUGUAACGAUUCAGUGCUGCCGAUAACCCAUGG